AUGGCAACUUGGACUCGUAAUUCGGAUUUAACGCAUUUUGACAUGGAUGCAGAUGAAUUUGCUUGCAAACAGAAAGAAGGGAAUAACCUCAAUGGGAGGUUGAUUCAGAAAAGUAAAAUAGCAGCUGAUACAAUCUCUGCAGCACAAUCCAUCACCAGCACUAAUACCUUGGUUUCUUCCGGCCAAAGCUUCGAAUUAGGAAUCUUCUCCGCGGUCAAUUCAGAGGCCUGGUAUUUAGGAAUAUGGUACAAGAACUUUCCAAAUAUUGUUGUAUGGGUUGCCAACAGAGAAAAUCCAGUUGCAGAUUCACAUGGAUCCUUGAAAUUAUCCAAAAAUGGAAGUCUUGUCCUUUUAGACCAAAUGAACAAUACUAUUUGGUCUUCCACUUCUUCCCAAGUAGCAGAAGACCCUGUCGCACAACUUUUGGAGAAUGGAAACCUGGUUGUCAGAGAAAAGGCUACAACAGAUUCAGAAAGCUACAUAUGGGAAAGUUUCAAUUUGCCAUCAGACACUCUGCUACCAGAAAUGAAGUUGGGGUGGAACUUCAGGACAGGCCUUAACAGAUUCUUGACUUCUUGGAAAAAUGCUAGCGACCCUUCUCCUGGAGAAUAUACUUAUGGGGUGGAUAAUGUUCUGUUGCCCCAGCUUGUUAUUGCCAAAGGAUCAAAGAAAAUGUUCCGAACUGGACCUUGGAACGGUCUUUGGUUUACUGGUACUCCUGGUUUAGUAGCUACAUACAGAUCUGUCGUGAAACCAAUAUUUGUGUAUAAUACCAAUGAGUUUUACUAUUCAUAUGAGUCUUUUAAUAGUUCUACCAUCACAAGAUUGAAGCUGAGUGAAUCGGGUUUGAUCCAGCGGCUAGUGGUCACCGAAGGAAUAGUUUGCAGAAUGAUGAGUGUAAUAGUUAUGGAGAGUUUGGAGCAAAUGGCAUUUGCAGAAUUAGUAAAUCACCCAUUUGUGAGUGCUUGCAUGGUUAUCAUUAAUGGAGGCAGCAGCUGUUUGAUGUGGUUUGGCGACCUAGUUGAUCUGCGAGAAUUCGUUGAAGAAGAUAGUCAGCAAGAUAUAUACAUUCGGCUGCCACAUUCAGAACUAGGGAAGACCGGUAGGAAGGAUAAAAGAGUAGUAAUCAUCUUGGUCAUAUCUGCAGUUUCUUCGUUUCUUUUCCUGGCUUCAAGAGGCACUAAGGAGGACUUGGAGUUGCCACUGUUUGAUUUUGAUACAAUUGCAGCCGCCACCAAUAACUUCUCCUACACAAAUAAACUUGGAGAGGGAGGUUUUGGUCCAGUUUACAAGGCCAGGCUAACCCGAGAAGAAUUCAUAGCAGUAAAGAGACACUCAAAAGAUUCUGGUCAUGGUAUUAAAGAGUUUAAGAAUGAAGUUGCAAUGAUAGCAAAUCUUCAACACUGGAAUAUUGUUAAACUUUUGGGAUGCUGCAUCCAAGGAGAAGAAAGGAUGCUGAUCUAUGAGUACAUGCCCAACAAAAGCUUGGACUGCUUUAUUUUCGGGGAGGAAAAUUGA